AUGACGGAUAAUAAUCAUCGUCCAUCAUCGUCGUCAUCAUCUACAAUUAAAUUACCAAAAUCAAAUGAUUCGGAUUUUUUCUGGCCAUCAACAUCAUCAUCAUCAUCAUGGCCAUUCGGUGAAACGGUAGCCACGAAUUAUCGUCGAUUUGCACGAAAUAGAGAUCCAGAAUUUUCGAUAGAUGAUGUUGAAAAGAAAAGACAAAAAGCACGUGAAUAUAAACAACAAUUAGAACAACAGAUGAAAGAAAAAUGUCAAAAAAUGAAUCGAGUUCAACAAAUUGAACGUGUUGAAAAUGAAUUAUUGGAUCAAAAAAUUCGAUUACAGCAAGCAAAAAUGCGUGAAGAAUUCGAUAAAGAACAUCAUACAGAAUCAGUAACAAAAGAAAAUAAUGAUAAUCAUCAUAAUCAUCGGCGAUCAUUGAAAUCACCAUCAGUGCAAUCAAUGAAAAUGCGUCGAUCAUCUAGUGUGGCAAGUUUAAUAAAUUAUCUAGAUAUAAAUAAUUCCGAUAAUGAUAAUAACGAUGUUGAUGAUGAUAAUGGUAAACAAAAUCGCAUCGAACGAAAAACAUUAUCAUCAGCAAAAUUACCACGUCUUGAAAGUCGAAUGGCCGGUUCAAAAAGAUGCAAUAAUCGUACAGUGUCUACACAAACCGAUAUUAGUUUAUUAGCUGCACUUUUCGAUCAAAUCAAUACAAAUGAUAGAAAUCAAAUCAAUCAAAUUUCGAUACAAUCAUCAUCAUUAUCGGCUAAAAGUGUUCAUUCACCAUUGAAUCAUCAAUCAGAUCAACGAACUAAACAACAACAAGAACAGAAAAAUCCUCCUCAUCAUCAUUAUCAUCAUCAUCAUCAUCAACGUCGUUAUAAUAAUAAUCAUCACCAUCGUAAUCAUCAUCGGACACUUGCAAAAAGUUUGACAAAUUUAAAUGCAUCAUCAUCAUCAUCAUCAUCAUUAAAAGACAGUCAACUAAAAUAACGAAAAAAAAAAU